AUGGCAAGGGAUAACCUCGGUUCGAACACCAUAGACGAUUUCAUCUUGGAUGAUGACGAUCAUAUCGAGGCCGAUGAAAACGAAGACAUUUUUGUUCGCCCCGAAGCAGCUCAGUCCUCGAGGCCCACCAAUGAUAUUCCGAGCUCCAAUUCCAACUCAGUGCCUUCAGCAGGUGGUUUCAUGAACUUUGCCAGUUUCGCCAACCCCUUCAACAAUGUUCCCAAUCCACCAGGAAUUGAGGUCAGCGAAAGACAAUUCUCUGGCGGAAAUACAUUGGAUGAGUCGGUUCUAGUGACUCUUCACCGUGAUUUGAGCAAGAUUGGUGAAAAGUUGCUGCAAAUAUUGUGGCCUCUGAAGCUGAGGCAAAGGCUCGUCCUGGUGCAAAGGAUCGGUGCUCGGUUUGCAAGCGAUGGAACGGGUUCGCUGGACUCCAGUCAACUGGAGGCUGGGGACGAUACAGAGGAAUACUCCAAGGAGGCUAUCAAGAAGAUUUUGGACUGGGACCUGUGGGGACCGUUGGUGAUCGUCCUGGGCUUCAGUCUCAUCAUCACCUAUCUUCAAACCCGUUCCGUUGAGACCAGUCUGAAAUCGUCGGAAAUCUUCAGCGCAGCCUUCACGCUGUUAUGGGCAACUCUGACUGCACUUUCUGUCAAUAUCCAAUUGUUUGCACCUGUUAGUGAUGCCAAUUCCGACACUUCGCACACGGGCACCAUUGCGCUUUCGCUCUUCCAGUGCAUCUCCAUCCUGGGCUAUGGUCUGUUUCCUAUAGUAAUUGGGGGGCUCAUUUCUAUAUUCUUAACAUGGAAGUGGAUCAGAAUCAUAGUGGAGUUUAUAGCCGUUGUCUGGGCUGUUUACUCCAUCUAUCUGAUUCUGAGAAUAGUGAACAAUAGCGGUUCAAAUAAGGGCAAGGGCGACGACAGAUUGUUGCUGACUGUGUAUCCAAUUGCGCUGGUUUACGGUAUUUUUGCAUGGCUAACUGUGAUUAGUUGA